AUGUCCGACACCUCUGACUACCAAUGGAAGGCGUACCGAUACACUCCCAAUCGGGGCGUGAACAUUGAAUUUACAGUUCUUUUUGGGCUUCUGGUGGUGGCUGGAAUUUCUCAAGUUAUUUAUGCACACAGAAAAUUCAAUGGUAAAAUUGAAAGAAAGAAACUCCGUCGUUAUACCGGUCUUAUGACACCUUUCAUUGUAGGUAGUUGCUUGGAGUGCGUAGGAUACGUUUGCCGAUUGAUUUCCGCCCAAAAUUUGGAUGCAUUGGGACCAUAUAUUAUCCAGUCAAUUUUCAUCUUGAUUGGCCCUGCAUUCUACGCUGCCACCAUUUAUAUGGUUUUGGGUGAAAUCAUUAGAGUUUUGGGAGCCGAGGUUCACGCAUUCAUCCCAGUGAGGUAUAUGACAAAGAUUUUUGUCAUUGGAGAUGUGGUAUCAUUAUUGUUGCAAGCUGCUGGUGGAGGAAAUCCAAGGCGGUGGAACGCUUGA